AUGCAGCUCUUGGAAUCUUACUCGGCGUCAAGCGCUUUUUCCAUCGUAUUCACUUUGCUGUUAUCUUACAACAUCUAUGAAAUAUCUCAAAUGGCUCUACGACUUGAGCGCAUGUUGUCUCAGGACAACAAAGAAGCUCCUCCUCGUAUAUCAAGACAACCAAUAGCGUGGAUCGAAGGAGAGGGUGUACAGCCACUUCGAACAUAUUUACGCCACGUUGCCGAUGUCUUCAAAACUAUGGGCUACAAUGUGACAAGUGGAUCCAUACCUGCCGAUUGGGACGUUCUUUGGACUCAUGAAUAUUCGCUAAAGAGGGAGAAGUAUGAUACCUCGAUAAGAGAAGCGAAACCACAUCAACUAGUCAACCAUAUAGCAGGCUCAGGAUUCUACACAAGCAAGGUAGGUGUAGUCAAGCUCAGUACGCCUGGUGCUUCCCAGCAGAGACAAAAGGAAUGUGAUCGACAUAUGGGACAAGCACCCCACCUGUGGGUGCAAAAGGACAACACGCACCACCGAAACAUCAAAGUACAAGAGCUGAAAGCUAUGGAUCUGGACAAGGAGAACUCAUUUGUGCAGGAGUUUGUCGACAACCCACUGCUCAUCGAUAACAGUUAA